AUUGUAGUGGCAAACGUUAAAAUCGGUAUAUCGCAUAGGAGUCCAUGGGCCAUGGCCAACCUCCAUUCUAUCUAAUCUCUCUCCUCAAGUUGGUGAGCCGUGUUAAAUGAGGAGAUAUAGACACAGAUGCCCAUCGCAUCGCCCCCAUCGAUCCCUAUUUACUGCCUCAAUCGUCUCGUCCUCGUCGUCUUCUUCUUUCUUCGUUCCCCGCGCCUCGCGAGUCGCGAGGUUGCCAAACCGGUGAACCAGCUACCCCCCGCAGCUCUAUAUAAACCCCGCGCGCCGCGCCCCCCUCGGCACACGCAAAGGAGUUAAACCAAGACGAGAGAGGCCAGAGGGAGUUGUAAAGUAUAGAGGUGAUCGAUCCUCCUGUGAGAGAGGCGCGGUAAUGGCGGUGCAGGGGGAGGAGGGCCGGAAGGAGGAGAAGGCGGCGGCGGGGAGGCGCGCGGGGCCGCACCCGCUGCUGCGCGGGUGGAGGCGGGAGGGCAAGUACACGCACGGGAUGCACCCGGCGCAGAUGGAGGCCCUCCGCGCCAUCUGCGGCGCCUUCAUUCCUUCGAUGCCGGCCGAGGAGGCCGCCGGCGCCGGCGGCCGCGCCGACCCACCGCCCGGCGGCAAGGACCUCGAGCGCUUCUACCUCGCCUCCGCCGCCGACUCCACCAUCCCCGACGAGGUUGCUGAGCUGAUGGUGACGCGGUGCAUACGGGAGGCGGUGCUGCUGGCGUGGGUGGUGCUGUGGGUGCUGAGCACGAGGGUGGGCACGCUGCUGCUCUGCGGCCGGCUGAGCCUCUCCUUCUCCGGCGGCGCCCGCGACUUCUCCUUCCCCUGCGUGAGCCGCUUCGCCGACAUGCCGGUGGCGCGGCGGGAGGCGGCGCUGCAGCGGUGGAACAGCACGCGCUGGCUCUUGCCGCUCAGGAUCGUCUUCACACUCGUCAAGAUCCUCUCCCACUACGUCUUCUACGCCAUGGUGAACGAGAAGUCAGAGAACCCACACUGGAAAGCAAUUGGAUACAGGGUGGACAAGCGGCGGACAGAGCAAGCUGAUGAUGCGGCGGCGAAGUCACCGUCGCCGUCGCGGCCACUGGACUCCGGUGUCGUGGAAACGAGAGCACUGAACGACACCACCCUGCUCAGGUCGCUCGCGGACAGGGGACUCGCCGUGAGCUCGGACGCGCGGCACCACACGGUGCAGUGCGACGCCGUGAUCGUGGGUUCAGGCUGCGGCGGGGGCGUGGCCGCCGCGAUGCUGGCCUCCGCGGGGCUCAAGGUGGUGGUCCUCGAGAAGGGCGACUACUUCACGGCCGAGGACUACAGCUCCGUGGAGGGCCCGUCCAUGGAGCGGCUCUUCGAGAAGGGCGGCAUCUUCUGCACGUCCAACGUGACGACCAUGGUGUUCACGGGCUCCACGGUCGGCGGCGGGUCCGCGGUGAACUGGUCGGCCAGCAUCCGCACGCCGGGGACGGUGCUGCAGGAGUGGUCGCAGGAGCACGGGCUCCCGGUGUUCGGCAGCGACGGGUACGUCCAGGCCAUGGACGCCGUGUGCUCCCGGCUCGCCGUGACCGACGCGUGCCUGGAGGAAGGGUUCCAGAACAAGGUGGUGCGCCGCGGCUGCGAGGCGCUCGGGCUGCCCGUCGACGCCGUGCCGCGCAACUCGUCCGCGGGCCACUACUGCGGGAGCUGCAACUUCGGGUGCCCCACGGGCGACAAGCGCGGCACCGACACGACGUGGCUCGUCGACGCCGUCGAGCACGGCGCGGUCAUCUUGACCGGGUGCAAGGCCGACCGUUUCAUCCUCGAGAGCAACACCGCCGACACGGGCGGCAAGGACAACGCGCGGAGGAGCAAGAAGUGCGUCGGGCUCGUGGCGACGUGCAUGAGCAACGGCAUCACCAAGAAGCUGCGGAUCGAGGCCAGGGUGUCCAUCUCGGCGUGCGGCGCGCUCAUGACGCCGCCGCUGCUGCGCAACAGCGGGCUCAGGAACCGGCACAUCGGCCGGAAUUUGCACCUCCACCCGGUGUCCAUGGCGUGGGGCUACUUCUCGGACAACAAGCUGCCGACAUCUGGACAGACCAUCAUCACCGGCAAGUCCUACGAGGGCGGCAUCAUCACGAGCAUGCACCGCAUCACGGACCGCACCAUCGUCGAGACGCCGGCGCUGAGCCCCGGCGCAUUCGCCGCCAUGGUGCCGUGGGAGUCCGGCCGCGACAUGAAGGAGCGGAUGCGGCGGUACGCGCGCACGGCGCACGCAUUCGCGCUCGUCCGCGACAGGGGCGCCGGCUUCGUGGACUGCGAGGGCCGCCUGCGCUUCACCCCGAGCCGCGACGACACGGACGAGCUCCGCAACGGGCUCCGCCGCGUGCUCCGCAUCCUCGUGGCCGCCGGGGCCGCCGAGGUGGGCACGCACCGGAGCGACGGGCUCCGGCUGCGGUGCAAGGGGGUCCGGGACGAGGACCUGGAGGCGUUCCUGGACGAGGUGACCAUCGAGAAGGGACCCAUGCACUCGACGACGGACAAGUGGGCGCUCUUCUCCUCGGCGCACCAGAUGGGCAGCUGCCGGAUGGGGUCCAGCCCCAGGGAGGGCGCCGUGGAUGGCAGCGGCGAGAGCUGGGAGGCCGAGGGCCUGUACGUGUGCGACGGCAGCCUUCUCCCCACCGCCGUGGGCGUCAACCCCAUGAUCACCAUACAGUCCGUCGCCUACUGCCUCUCCAAGGACAUCGCCCAGGCCUUGGCGCACGGCAAGAAACACUAGCAGCCCGAUCCCGCAAGAGGCGUGUCAUCACCGCCCAGCUCGCCAACGAUCGAUACGCGUGUCAGUUGAUCGGGUGUACUACUUACUUAUCUCGCCUUGUACUGCUCCGCUGCACAUAUAUGAUUCGUCAUACUCCAUUCUUACACGGAUUUUCACCGCUCAUUGGGAUAUUCACCCCAAGUUUGAAUGUAAUAUUCUCAUAUUUCUUUUUUUUUUGCUAGAAAUAUUCUCAUAUUUCAUAUAAUAAAGAAUCAAAUUCUCUUGUA